UAUAUACAAAAAGAGAUGUUUGACGACCGAAAACUGUUGCCAAUAACUGUCAACGAUUUGAGGCACACCUGCACAUGUCGCUUGAGGAUAUCCAUGGCGAAACUGUUGCUAAUUGGCUUUGUGCAUCCACCAACUUGUAUGGUGUACUCAAUCAUCAAGGUGAUGAUCAGUGAUUUGGAGGGCUCAACGUUGACCCACUGCAAUGUGCUGAAUAUAGUGCCAUCUCUGUCAGCAGUGAUCCGUGCGGAGCAAUCCUUGUGGGUGCUCAACACAUGGCUACAUCUGCCAUUUCGCCUUCUAAUCAUCUGGCUCUACUGCAGAUACUUUAAACGUAGAUUGCCGCGAUCUGCGAGAUUAUUGCGCCAUCUGACCGUUGGCCUGCUCAUCCAGAACAGUCUGAGCUGUUUUCCACUGGCGCAUCUGGGUCAUAUAGCGGGCCCAGCAGCGAUUCAUGCGCUAAUUGCACUAUCCGUAAUGCUUUCCGGUUUCGGUUAUAUGGGCACAUCGCUGCUAUGCCACCAGCGAUUUCGUCGUGAACACAUGGAACCGCACGAGAAGCUAUCGUUGAUGCUCAAGCGCAAACUGUUCCUCACAAGCCUCGGUAUCCAGCUGGUCAUGUGGCCCCUAUUUAUGCUGCACAACCAAUUGUGUAUACCAUUAGUCUAUUCGUUGUUCUCUCUUUGUGAAUACCUUUUGAACUUAUCGAUUAUGGGCUUUCUGUGCACUGCUAGUCUGGACUUUUAUCCAGUUUAUCUCUGUCGGCAUGCACAGCUUGGAUACUAUUUAACAGAUAUAUAAUUUGAAAAUGCUUUAUUACAAACUAUAAACAAAUACAAACAGUG